AGAGGAGAAGGUGUGUGUGGGAGAGAGAGUUAGAAAAUGGCGGAAUAUGAACCACUCGAAUUCCCGAUUUUAUUUUGCUCUUUUAUCUGUUCCCGAUUUUCUGCCCAACCCAUCUAUCCGUUUGAUUUGAUGACAAGCUCGCAGUAAUGAUGGAUCGAUAUGAGUGAAUAUAUAUGUAUAAAAUAUCCUUAUUAGUUAAUUAUCACGACUGCAAAAAACCAAGCAGAUAACAAAGCAGUUACAGCCAGGCUGACAGGCGAACGUAGCACAACGAGAAACAAGGUGAGGUUCUUGUUCCUCUCUGUGCUCAUCGCCAUCUCCCUUUCUUCCGGCUUCUCCUCUUCUCAGGCUGCUGUUGAUCGAAAUUCAGUUUCCGUUCAUCAUCAGAAGAAGCUAUUUACACAUAUGAAGCUGGAGAGUGACUUGUGUUCAUUCUUUUUCUAUGUUUGAUCACCAAAUUAGGAGGGGGGAAACAUUGAUUUCUGCUGAGCCCUACUGAUUUGGUUUCUCCCACUGUGGAAGAACUAUAUACAGAAAGCAACUCAAAAGGGUUUUAAGUUUCCACCGCCAAAUUUCAUGUUGGGGAAGAAAACUUGUAAUGGUUAUUGAGGGUGCUGGGGAAGAAGCCAUAUGAUGGCCACCACUGCAGUCAUUGGACUCACUGCAGGAAACAGACUCCUGCCUUCGUCCUUCCAUUACUGUUCUGAUCCUCCCGAGAAGCUCUUCUGUAGCAGCUCCGAACAUGGAUCAUCCCACUCUCAAUUCACUUCAUCCAGAAGCAUUGUAGUUGCCAAAAAGUCGUCAUCAACAUCCUCAUCGUCACAUUGUGGCCCUGGCUACCAGGGUUCCAGUAGACCCACGCAUUCCAUUAAGGCACUAAAAGACCAUGUAGACACUGCAACAGCUGCAACCACAUGGACUGAGACUAAUUUGAAGGACUUGGAAGAAGAAGAAGAAAGUUGUGAUGUUCUUCACUCCUCGCUAGAGGCACUUCUUCUAUUGCAGAGAACUAUGCUGGAGAAGCAAUGGAGUCUCUCAUUUGACGACGAGAGGGCAGAUGCAUCAUCCGCUGUUGGUAAGAAGAAUGGGAAGAAGAAGAAGAAGGUUCCCGUAGUUACCUGUUCUGGGAUCUCUGCACGCCAAAGAAGACUCGAUACUAAGAGGAAAGCUGUAGGCCAGAGUGGUAUUAGCCCCGAGCUGGUGCAUAAUCGCUUGACUGGUUACGUGAAGGGCGUGGUGAGUGAACAACUGCUCACUCAUGCAGAAGUGGUGCGUCUGUCGACAAUUAUCAAAGCUGGUCUCUCCUUGGAGGAACGUAAAUCCAGGCUGAAAGAAAGACUGGGAUGUGAUCCCUCUGAUGAACAACUGGCGGAUUCCUUGAAGAUAUCUCGUACUGAACUGCAUUCCAAGCAGAUGGCUUGCUCAUUGGCCAGAGAGAAGCUGGCGAUGAACAAUGUUCGCUUGGUUAUGUCUAUAGCUCAAAAGUAUGACAGGAUGGGUGUCGAACUGGCUGACCUUGUUCAGGGAGGUCUGAUCGGACUAUUGCGUGGCAUAGAAAAGUUUGAUUCUUCAAAGGGGUUUAAGAUGUCUACCUAUGUUUAUUGGUGGAUUCGUCAGGGUGUCUCAAAAGCUUUAGUUGAGAAUUCAAGAACCUUAAGGCUACCUAAUCAUCUGCAUGAGAGGUUAGGCCUCAUAAGGAAUGCAAAGAUCAGACUUGAAGAGAAAGGAAUAACACCGUCCAUUGAUAGAAUUGCAGAAUCACUGAAUAUGUCAGAGAAGAAAGUGAGAAAUGCUACACAGGCUGUUAACAAGGUCAUUUCGAUGGAUCGGGAUGCUUUCCCUUCCUUGAACGGUCUUCCUGGAGAAUCCCACCAUGGUUACAUUGCAGAUAACCACUUGGAGAACAACCCCUGGCAUGGAGUAGACGAAUUAGCACUCAAGGUAAAGUAGACCACAAACAUUUCAUUAUUGACUGAACUAUAGACUGAAGAGCUACUAGCUAUAUGUUUCCAUCAGCAUUCCAAUGACAUCAUCAAUGCAUGCACCACUCUUCUGUCAGGAUGAAGUGAAUAAGCUAAUCGACUUGAGUCUUCAAGAACGAGAACGAGAGAUUAUACGCCUUUACUAUGGCCUCGAUACAAAAUGCCUUACGUGGGAGGACAUCAGCAAACGCAUAGGGUUGUCGAGGGAAAGAGUGAGGCAAGUUGGGCUGGUUGCAUUGGAGAAGCUAAAACUUGCAGCAAGGAAAAGGAAGAUGGAAACCAUGCUACUCAAACAUUAGUUGAUUAUAAAAAGAACAAAGAACAGAACUUUACUGUGUAGUGUAUAUAAACAGCAAAAGGGAAGGAAAAUCUGUAUCAAAAAUUUUCUUUUCUUUUUGUUAUAGUUUUAUCAACAGUGAGUAUAUGUGAUUGGAACCUCCAAGGAAGACUCCAUUUGUAGAGAGUUUGAUCAUCAUCUAGUUCUACACAUACAGAUAUACUGAAUAAGAGCUUUUGUAAGAAAAUGGGAAACAAAAGGCUUCUCAUUGCAAAACCGUUUCCGGAUACAAGUACAUUACU